CUUGCUAUUUUUGGCGAGUAGUUCGCCGCCGGGCAGCUUCUGGCGGCCGCCGUAACCAACCCAACCGCGUCUGUUCCGCUCGUGCGGUUUUGGGGGUGGGGAGCCCUGGUUAACGCCUCUGUGUUGCUGACGGGUUCGUCGUACACUUUGCAUCCCGGCGCCGGUGCAGGCGACGAUGGUGGGGAGGUCGGCGCUGGAGAUGGCGGCGGCGCAGGGCGGCGCCGCGGGGGAGUCGGUGCUGGACAUGCUCAGGUACGCCGUGCUGCCCAUCGCCAAGGUGUUCGUCGUCUGCUUCAUGGGCUUCCUCAUGGCGUCCAAGCGCGUCGGCCUGCUUAAGCCAAGCGGCCGCAAGCUUCUCAACGGGCUUGUGUUCUCUUUGCUUCUCCCUUGCCUCAUCUUCGCGCAGCUCGGACGAGCAAUCACAUUCGACAAGAUUCUGCAGUGGUGGUUCAUUCCAGUAAACAUUGCUCUGGGUGCAGCAUCUGCAUCUUUGAUUGGUCUUAUAGUGGCAUUGAUUGUGCGACCCCCUUAUCCAUACUUCAAGUUCACCAUCUCUCACAUCGGAAUAGGGAACAUUGGAAAUAUACCACUUGUCCUUAUUUCAGCAUUAUGCCGUGACCAAUUAAAUCCAUUUGGCGAUUCAAGCAGAUGCACUCAAGAUGGAAAUGCAUACUUAUCAUUUGGUCAAUGGGUCGGUGCAAUUAUUAUUUACACAUAUGUGUUCAAGAUGCUUGCUCCACCCCCUGGGAUGACCUUUGACAGCUGCGAUGAGGAGAAAGAAAAACUUCCACUUAAGGCUCCUAAUGCCAUGCCAGGUGUAGAAAAAUAUCCAUCAAGUGCUCAUGACGAUACACAUGAGGAAGAGCCCCUGCUAUAUUCAGAGGAGGAGCAGGAUGUUCCUUCUUUAGGUUCAAAGAUAAUGAUCCCUAUCAAGUGCAUGGUUAGAUUCCUACAAAAGAGGCAGCUCCUUCAACCACCAAUUAUUGCAUCUGUUCUUGCAAUUACUCUCGGUGCUGUGCCAUUCUUGAAGAAUUUGAUCCUCACAGAUGAUGCACCCCUGUUCUUUUUAACAGAUGGCUGUCUCAUUCUUGGGGAAGCUAUGAUUCCAUGCAUUUUGCUUGCUGUUGGUGGCAAUCUUGUUGAUGGCCCCGGUGAAGGAAGUAGGAGGCUUGGGGUCCGAACCACCAUCGCCAUUAUAUUUGCACGCCUGGUCUUGGUUCCAAUUGCUGGUGUUGGCAUUGUCUCAUUUGCUGACAAGCUUGGAUUUAUCCCGAAAGGUGACAAGAUGUUCAAAUUCGUCUUGUUACUGCAGCACUCAAUGCCCACAUCUGUACUGUCAGGUGCUGUUGCAAACCUAAGAGGUUGCGGCAAGGAAUCAGCUGCGAUUUUGUUCUGGGUGCAUAUCUUUGCCGUUUUCUCAAUGGCAGGAUGGAUUAUCUUCUAUCUUGCCAUGCUGUUCUAGAUACUGACUCUACCUCACAUGAUGAAACUGUAUGAUUUGUUUAUGAAAUACGUGUUACUGUCAAGUGCAUGAUGUCUGUGAAACAGAGCCACAGAUAUGGGUUGGCUGGGUACACCCGUUCCCGGUGUAGACGCCGGGUUUUAAUUAAUCAUUUAUCUAACGAGUCGCAACUAUGGAAGUGACCGGGGUUUCAAAAAGA